CUCAUGCAAAGCAUGAACACCGCCGGUAUCGCGCUUUUUUUUAAGUCAUCGGUGACGGAUCGCGCGCUGGCGAUGCCGCAGGUGUCGUGCGAGGACGUGUCGCGGGUACGUUGGUCGCACCUAAAGUCGCUCGGGUUCGCGGGAGUCGUGUUCGACAAAGAUAACACGCUGACCACUCCUUACGCGUUGGAAGUGCAUGAAAAAGUGCGCGCGUCGUUGGAGGCGUGCAAAGAAGCGUUCGGGGCGGAGAAUGUGGCGGUGUAUAGUAACUCGGCCGGGUUGUUUCAAUACGACCCAGAUGGGAAAGAGGCGGACGCAAUGGAGCGCGCGCUCGGGAUAAAGUUCAUAAGACACGCCACGAAAAAGCCCGCGGGUGAUGUCGACGACGUCGUUGCGCAUUUUCCCUCGUGUGACAGCGCAAAAAAGUUAAUCUUCGUGGGCGAUAGAUACCUCACGGAUGUCGUCUACGGCAAUAGGCACGGGAUGUUCACCGUCAGAGUCGCCCCAUUCACCACCAAGGGCGAAUCGCUCGCCAUCAAGAGCGCGAGAAAAAUAGAAGAAUCCGUCGUCGCCCUGUGGCGCUCGCUCGGCGUCGCUCCGAAACCCCACGAGCUGUUA